AUGGGAGCCUUGGGAGCUGGCGACAUCCCCUGUCUUUCGCUCCGCGCUGUCUGGCGUCUUGGCGGGGCAUUGGGGCCACCACGGAGCCCUCCAAAGCUGAGACCUUGGCCACCACGGGAACGACAGGAACGGAGGGGUCCCGGAAGAGCGCAGAAGGCAACGGAUUCCGCGGCCUUGCGGGGCAAAUCGUCGAAGUCGGAAGCUUUGAGUAGACUGGGUCAGGCAACGGAGGUUUCGCGGGGCCUGGUCUUAUUAGCUUGGCCUUUCCUAGUCCACAAGCUCUUUCAGCUCACCGACAAGCUUAAUGCGUUGGAGAGUCUUUUUGGCCGCAACCUGAGCUUGCGGGUGCUGGCUUAUGUGGGCUCGGCGCUCUGGCUGAUGAAUGCUGCGCUCGCUACGGAUUUUCGCUUCACAACCAGGCCAGGAUUCGAACUCCUACCCCCGAAGAUCUCAGAGAUACCCGCCAGGGCCUUGAACCGGCUGCUCUCCCGCGUAUUUGAAGCAGCAGGCUUGCAGAUCUGGCUUGCGGGUAAGGUCUCGGAAUUCAUUGUCUCAAUUGUUACACGUGUAUCCCGGGUGACCGUGGCGCUGGCUGCAUUGAUGCUGGCCUGCAAGGCAGUCAACCAGAUACAGUUGGGAUCAUUGGAGAGCUUUGGACGCGUGCACGAGUAUGCGCAGCAGCAGAGAGGGAGAGAGAGAGAGAGGAAUUUCGGAGUCCGUGUGCUCCCUGCAACUUGGGCACUGGAUCUGGCGAGCUCGGAUCCAUACUUCCAGUUGCUGGAUGCAAAUGGAGAUGGCAUUCUCACCGCCUCAGAGGUGUUUGCCUUUGUGUUCGACAUCAGCAAUCGCCUAUGGCGUGCAUCUGUGACUUCGGUCAUUGGGCUUUGUCUUCUUCAGCUGAAGCAGCCGCCAGAGACAAAGCUGGCCUGGUCCGAAGUGGAGGCUGGUGGACUGGUUGGGAAGCUUUCAAAGAUUGUCUAUGCCAUGCAGCACCCUCGCAACGCGGAGCUGCGGAUGCUGGCAAGAAGGGUCGCUUUAGGGAGCCGGCUCAUCAGCUGCAUAAUCAUCGUGAGCCUUUUUGUUUUGCCCUGGGCCUACUUUUUUGGUCUCCGGCCGCAUCUCGUGUUCGCAUUUGGGGGUGUCGGCGGCCUGGCAUUGGGCCUGGCAGCCAGGAGCUUCGUUGGCAAUCUCAUUGCUGGUCUCCUCAUCCAGCUUAGUCGUCCCUUCGUUGAGGGAGAUGAGAUUCAAGACACGAAGAACAACUUGACAGGGGUGGUGGAGUGCAACUUGCCCUGGAAGGAAAUUGGCCCCAUCAACACUCACAUCAACAGUCGACAAGGCGUUCUUGUCCAUGUCCCGAACCAGACUCUUCUAGAUGAUGUUGUCACAAACAGGUCCAUCAAGGACUUCCGUCCUAUUGAGGAGUCUGUCUAUGUGGUCCCCUCUGCGGCCUACAGCUUGCCAGACCUGGUUGCCAAGCUGCAGUUGCUUCUGGACACCCACCCAACUUUGAUGCAGGGGGAGGAUGUGGAGCGGCUCAUCAAACUCCGAGGUGGCCGCGUGAAGCUGUUCCGCCCGUUGGCCAUGUUUGACGGCUACUGUGACCUUGGAGCAAAGGUGCUAAUCUAUGCUUUCGCGCGCGGAGCCAUCCCUCGACGCGAAUUCAAAGAAUUGAAGAGCCAAAUCAUGAUGUCUGUGCACCAAUGCAUUUUAGAGCACGGUGCAGAGAUCGGCCAUUUGACCAUGGGCAGUACCGCGCGCAAGGCGCAUGAGGGGAACCGCCCAGUCGUUGCAGAUAGAGCCGCUGAGAUGGAAAAUGUGGCGGCGGGUCGUACUGGUGUUUUAUUCCGGGAGCGCAGGUAUCUGGAGGUGCACAAGCGCCUGGCAGCUAUCGAGAGCACCGCUGCCACGCACCGUGAGGACCUUCACCAGAAGCUGGAUGCAAACAAGAAGGAGUUGCAGCGGCUGGUGGCUUCUUUGGAGGAGAAGAUUGACACUGCGGGCGCCGGAGGGGGUGGCGAUGAUGGCGUGAAGCGUGGAGCUGAAGCUCAGAUCAUGAAGAAGGUUGCAACCAGGCUUCAGGAUUUCGAGUCGCAGAUUACAAGCCAGCUGUCCACAGUAGCCACGGAUUUUGAAAAGAAGCUCUCUCACGUGCAACGCUCUACCGGGACCACGAAGCCCAUCGAUGGUGCUGGUGCAGGCGCAGACACGGGCUUGGAUACCAUGGCUGAGGAUGUGGACCAGCUUAAGUUCGAUGUGGGAGAGCUGAAGGAUCUUCUUACCAACAGCAAGGGCGAGGUCAACCAUAUCCGUCGCAUCGUGCUGGCCUGCGAACGUGACAUGGAAGACUUCACUGCCGCGAUGGAUGCCGUGAAUGUGGAUCUGGAUGAGAUGCGUGCCCGUGUGGAUGCAACCCACUCCAUCAUCACCAGCCGCCAACGUGUUGAAGCAACCAUGACCGCUGAGAUUUCGACUAUGCGUCUUGACAUCGGCGACAUCCAAGAAGCCCUCAAGAAUCACGACUCUUGGAUGGAGGAUGUGUCCAACACCCUCCAGCAGAUGCAGGAGAAGGAGGAGAACCUUAGUGAGGACAUGAUCAACCUGAAGAAUGAGCUCACUGCCAAGCUCGACACAAAGGUGGAUAACGUAGCCUGGAAGGAGGCCAACGAUGACUUGGACGCAGCUAUCAAGACCGUGCGCGACAUGGUCUCUUCCCUGCGCCUGGAUGUGGAUGCCCGCCGUCGCAAGGUGGACGAGAUCUUGGCCACCAUCCGCCACGACAUCACUGCUGUGGAGACAAACCUGGAGGAGUCGAAGUCGAAGUUGGCGAUGGACACAGAUCAUGCCAUCAAUGCGCUCAAUGGCCGAAUUGACUUCACCAACAAGGAUCUUUCGGCAACCCAGGAAAGCUUGCACACAACGCAGAACUCUCUCAGCGACUGCUUCAACGAGGUGGCAGUUGUCCGCAGCGACCUGGAGCGUAACGUGGCAGACACAGAGGCGCGCCUGAAGAAUGACAACCGCUCCAAGCAACAGGAGGUCAUGGACAAGAUCGGCGAUGUGGAGCAGCAGUCGGAGUUGCGAUCGGCAGAGUCUUCACGUCGGCUGGGCGCUCUCGACCUUCGCAUGAGCGGCGUCCAGGGAGGUCUUGGAGAACAGAAGCGCGACAUCCUGAAGAUGCGCGAGGAGGUGAAUGGCCUGACCGUGAAGAGCGCCAGCCAUGAAGUGGACAUUCAAAAAGUCGGAGAUGCUUUCAAGAAGAUGGAGAAGCAGCGCAACUUGGACGGCCAGAACUUCAAAGCGCAGCUGGAUGCCAUCCACGAUGUACUGGACACCAAGGUGAAUGAGAAGCCCUUCGAAGAUGUGAAGCACUGUGUCUCCUCCCUGACCAAAGGUGUCGUCAAGUUUGCCCAGGUCGUGGGAGUUUUCCCGGGCCCGCGCUUCGAUGACGCCGAGGGUGGAGAGGGUGCAGAAGCAGACGUCGAACUCCUGGGCUGGGAGGAGAGUGCGGAGACCUUGUCCUUCCGUGUGGACAAAGCCUGGCGACAGCGUUGCUCGCAGCGUUUCCGCAACAUCCUGGACAUGAUCGCCAAGAAGGCAGACCACAGCGUGCUACGCCUGCUCCAGAUUUCUCAGCAGCACAUCGAGUCACAACUGGAGCGCGUCAAGCACGAGCGCGAGCUGUGGAAGGAAGUCGUGGAGCGACGCCAGCAGCAGCCCCUGCAGUUGGCACUCUCUAUGAAGGAGUCCAACCCUCCACCUCCUGCAGACGGAAGCCAAACUGCUCGGCCUCCCCGCUAG